CUGAUUUUAGACAUUAUGUUGUCUGAGUAUACCAAAAAAGUAUGCAACGUGAUGAAAGGGGUGAGCGCGUUUAUCUUCAUCGGUUAUACGUAACCACCGAUAAUUCGCCCAUUCCCGAUAGCGACGGCUACCUUUGCACGUCGUGUGGAAUUGAUACAUCCGGCACUGCUGAAGCUUCUAGAACGUGUGAGAACAUGUGUGACGCUGGACCAAUGGCGCGAGGACAUUUGGAUGAAAUUGCCGCCGGCACGCUCGCUAUUGGCGCGCGGCUGCUGCCGUGGUUCGAUGCGAUUGGCCAACCGGUCCACCGGUGCUUGAUAUAUCCGUCGUUCUCGCGGCAGUUCGGUGACACAAGUUGGACGUUAGAAGUCACUGACGUUGAUCGGAGUUGUACGCGGUUCGCUUAGCAACGUGUGUCUUUCCUCGUUAACCGCUCUCAAUU